CCAGAAGCCGCCAGUUCUGCUUUCUGCUCUCGGCUGGCCGGUGAGGAAGACCCGGGAGUCCCAGCCGGGGCGUGGAAGAAGGGCGAGGCGCGCGGGCGCGUGGAAGCGGGGCUCGGCUGCUUCUCGAAGGGGAGCCCCUCGGAGCCGAACGCAGUGCAGGUCUGGCUAUUGUGCGGUAAAACAGCAUGCAGCAUACGUAGAGGAGAGCCUUUGGCAAUAAGUAAUCAGAGGGAAAGGGCACUCCAGCAGUGAUCCUUGGUGUGGCGGAAAAGAUCUUGUUGUCACCUUGCUACAGAAGGUACAAUGAACAAGAUGAAAACUUUCAAGCGGCGUUUUUCCCUUUCGGUUCCCCGGACAGAAACGAUUGAGGAGUCACUGGCAGAGUUCACCGAGCAGUUUAACCAGCUCAACAACAGAAAGAAUGAAGAUAUGGCACAAGGGCGCCUGCAUCUGAGUCAUCUGAACAGGGACAUCCAGACGCAGCCCAGCUCCACUUCACCUUUGGAAGGCCCAUCCCCAACCGCUGUGCGUUACCGAAAUGGCAACCAGCGUCGGUUUUCAAUGGAGGACGUCAGCAAGCGCCUCUCUCUGCCCAUGGAUAUUCGCCUUCCCCCAGAGUUCCUCCAGAAACUAGAGAUGGAAAGUCCAGAAAUUUCAAAGCCUCUUAGCAGGAUGUCUCGACGGGCUUCUCUUUCAGACAUUGGGUUUGGAAAGAUUGAAACCUAUGUUAAACUGGAGAAGCUAGGGGAGGGCACCUAUGCCACUGUCUUUAAAGGGCGCAGCAAGCUCACCAAGAACCUGGUUGCCCUGAAGGAGAUCCGAUUAGAGCACGAGGAAGGGGCCCCCUGUACAGCUAUAAGGGAAGUUUCCUUGCUGAAGAACCUCAAGCAUGCGAACAUUGUGACCCUCCAUGAUAUCAUUCACACGAAAUGCUCCCUAACUCUUGUCUUUGAGUUUCUGGACAGUGACCUGAAGCAGUACCUGGAUAACUGUGGGAAUCUGAUGAGCAUGCACAAUGUGAAGAUCUUCAUGUUCCAGCUGCUGCGUGGUUUGUCCUACUGCCACCAGCUCAAGAUCCUACACAGAGAUCUCAAACCACAGAAUCUGCUCAUUAAUGGGAAAGGGGAACUGAAACUCGCAGAUUUUGGUCUAGCCAGAGCCAAAUCUGUCCCAACAAAAACAUAUUCCAAUGAAGUGGUCACAUUGUGGUAUCGGCCUCCUGAUGUCCUACUAGGAUCCACAGAAUACUCCACUCCCAUUGACAUGUGGGGUGUGGGUUGCAUACACUAUGAAAUGGUCACAGGACGGCCCAUGUUCCCAGGAUCGACCGUGAAAGAAGAGCUGCAUUUAAUAUUCAGGACAUUGGGAACCCCUACAGAAGAAUCUUGGCCGGGCAUCACAUCCAAUGAGGAAUUCAAGGCAUAUAAUUUCACACAGUAUCGAGCCCAGCCAUUGAUAAACCAUGCACCAAGACUGGACACAGAAGGAAUCGACCUUUUGAUGAGUCUCCUCCUGUAUGAAGCCAAAAGACGCAUUUCUGCAGAAUCUGCACUGCGGCACCCUUACUUUACGGCACUCGGUGAACAAGUGCACCUCCUUCCUGAGACUGCCUCCAUCUUUUCUCUGAAAGAAAUACAACUUCAAAAGGACCCUGGCUAUCGAGGCUCAAGCUUCCAGCAUUCUGCUCGAGGAAAGAACAGGAGGCAGAGCAUAUUUUAAACCUGGUUUAACUCAUUCAAUGCAUCACUGGGGAGAUCAAAGCACUGAGAAGGGAGAGGACCACACAGAUCCCAUGGAGGCCACGCUCAGAAUGAUGAAGGCCGGUAUCGACACAACCAAAGCUGCCCUGCAUUACAAAGCUGCUGCAUGACUGCUUUCCAGGAUUCCACAACUUUCAGCAGUCCCCCACCCACAACACCCCAAAAAGACCUGGUGCCUGGCCCAGCCCCCAUCCAUCGCACAGCAAUUGGCAUAAUCCUACUCUCUGGAUGAGGAUCAAGCAAUUAACUGCCCCAAGUACGCUUGCUGCUGCUUUAGAGGGAAGCAACAUGGAGGCAGCAAGCCAGGGCCAAGAUCUCGCUGCAGAAUCAACACCUGCUUUGCUUCUUAGAUGACGUGUCAUGAUGAAUGUGCAGAAUUCCAUUCUUUGUUUCUCCCCCCACCCCCAUCACCAGGCGACUCCUAGGACAACAUGAUGAGUAUGAUGUUAACAGCAGGAAAGCCCUUUGAUCCACUUUUAUGCAGAGUUCUCUGGCUUUGAACUGAAAAGGAAACCUGUUUUCUUUUGAGUUGCUUCUGCUCUCUUUAUCGGGAAUGAAUCUCAAUUCCAAAUGGUACAAACAUUUAAGAGAGAGGAUGGGAGUGGGGAGGCCUUUUGCUGGAUUUUCUUUGCCCUCUCGCUCCCUGCCUCAUUCUGUUUCCCAGUGUUUGUUUUCUGAACUGAAGCUGCUAUACAAGGAAUCGUGAUUUCUUAGAUUUCUACCCAGUGUUUCUGAGAAUCUCUCUGUAGCUCGUCCUGAGAAUCAUUCAUCAGAAACCUAAAUAAAUAGGUGCACUUUUGCUACAAAAGAGAUCCAGGAUCCCAAUAAUUCAGGAAUUGCAGAAACAGCUGAGUCCCUAUAAAAUGUGUCACGGUAAAAUGUGAAAGAACUCAAGCCAUCCUUCCACUUGCUAUUCCAAGUUUCUUUUGUGGAUUCUGCCUUUGUGACCAGAGUUCAAAGAUGUUCUGUCCCCUUACUUUUUUGCCCAUAUCACCAGGGAAAGAAACCUUAUUUAAUAACCAGUAAAUGUUUUCAAAGGACACAUAGGCACACAAACUGAAAUCCAUGCAUGUUUACUCAGAAGUAUAUCCUGUUAUAUCAGUAGGGCUUACUUCCAGGUAAGUGUGCAAAGGCCUGCAGCCAUAUGAACCCAGUGAAAUCUAUAGGACCUAAGUGUGCUCUUAGGUUCCAGGGCAGGCAGUUUGGUUUUGCUGCAUCAGCAGCAGUUGCUAUUCAGGCAAGUCAAACAAGGCUCUUUGGGGAACAUGUCUCCAAAAGGGCAGGCCAGUUCUGAAAAUGUCUUGAUUGUGAACGUUAAAAAACAGAAUCUGAACUUCUGUCACUUUUCCUGUAUUGGUCUAUUUUUAUUUCAACCGUCAGCUAGCCACCAGCGCGGUAUGUGUAUGGACAGAAAUGUCAUGAGAAAAUAGCACAUUCUUAUAAUCAGAUAUGGUUUCUUGCCUGCCUGUUCUGAGGUCUUAUCCUGAUUAUAAGAUUCAAUCGGUACAGCCUACAGAGAGAAAUAACCCCUCAGGGUUCCAGUCACUAAAGGGAGACAUUUGACUGAGUGAUAUUUCUGAAUACUGGCAGAACUAUACAGGCAUCUGUAUGGUGCAGUAAAUCAAGCACACAGCUGGACUUCCAAGAAACAGAUUCCAUAAGGAGCACCAAGUGAACUGUCUCCUCUCUUUAUCUCUCUGAUUUUUCUUUUUUCAAAUAAACUCCUGGCCAGGCAGGGUUUAGAGACAGAGAUGGUGGCAUUGCUGCCCUUUAAGUUGAAAACUUAGGUAAAUAAGCUAGCAUUGUAGUUCCCUUUCUUGAGGCGAGGUGUUUGGGACCAGGAAAGAUUUCACUGCAAAUAUUGCAUGUAUUUCUAUCCAAGGCAAAUAAUUGGGUGUCUAAUACAAAUCAAUAUGUGAAAUUCAGCCUCUUCCCUCUUGCUGCCUUUGACCCAGCAGUGCUGCAGGGACAGUGGAAUCUACAACUGACAGAAUUCCCCUUCUCUGCAACUCUUAAGGGCAUGACUAGGUCUGGACUCAAGUUGGCACGAUCCUAUGACCUCUUGACACCUUGAGCCCUUCAGACUUCCCUUGCCUGUCCACUCCUUCCUGAUCAUAAUGCACAACCCUUCCUGCUGCGCUCUGUGUGAUGUUUUACCCCAGACUUUCUUUUCUCAUCCUAUCUUCAUGCUGUGUCACCUGCAGCUCUUGUUUCCUCAAGCCAUUGCUUUUCAACCCACUUCUUGCUUUCAUCCAUUUGCUUUAACCAUCCUUUCUCUUGGCCUACCUGUGCUGCAUUUCUCAUAACAUAGCUCCCUGAUAGUGGCUACCUUGGGGUUCAUUCAAAAUUCCUUUUGCAAGAAGCUGCUUGGUUUCUUGUUUCUUUUCCUCAGGCCUCCUUAAUCCCUUCAAGUUCUUGUUUCUCAGUUCACAGGCUCCUUUGUACCCUUCCUUUAACCACCUUGCCUCUGAAUCCUCUGUUGUUUAAGCUUCCCUACCUCCUGGAGCUUUGCACUGCCCCACAAAGUUGUUCCUAUCUCUACAGCUUCCAUUCAGCCUUAAUCUUCAGCCAGACUGCCACCUUUCCCUUCCCUCACAGGAGUUGAACAGAAAAUAUUCCGACAACUUUAGUUUCCUGAACCUGCAGAUAAACACAUUUUACAUUGACACACCAUUUCAGCCAAACAGUUUGGAACAAAUAGGGCCUCUCAAAACAAGGUGGUCCCUGCAUAUUCAGAGGAUGCUUAUGUAUGCCAACGUAUUUUCAUCUGUAGAUUAAGAGGUAAAUAAAUGUUUAGAAGAAGUUUGUCAAGGAGCUAUGCCCAUGGACCUCCAAGAUCUAUGGACUGCAGAGGGCAGUUGAGCCAGGUAAUGUUGAGUGUGUCAGUUGAAGUGGGAGAAGAAAAAUGGGCAGACGUAUUUGCCUGCUUGAGUUUCUUAAGAAUAUUAUUGUGGUGGGGGGAGGUUAGGGUUAACUGGAUGCAUCCCAUACGUUUUUUAAAAAAAACCAACAACCCUUCAACAUUCUGUAUUUUUCUUUCUCACUUUCUCACUCAACGCUCAGAUUCAGGGCUGGCAGCCAGCCUCAAAACUCCAUCCUUAAAGCUCUGUCUUUAAAGUUUUCAGGAGGAUGGCACCUUCUCUGCCACUCUACCAACCCUGAACAGUACUACAGUGGUCCUGUUCCAACCUAGAGCAGGCCCUUUUCCCACCACGAUGUUUUGUUACAGGUGCCUUGUAGAUUUUGCAAGAGUAAACUGUAACUGGAGGCAGGGAAUGUGCAUUUCAGCAUGCGGACUGUGCUCUUAGAGAUACAGAUUUCCAUUUUUGAGUCAGGUCCUGCUGUUGCUUCCACAGGAAAACAUCGUGUGAGGCCCACUCAUUUUGGUGGUGCUUCUUUAUUAGUACCUCAAAGGUCAGAUUAUAUACCAGGCCUUACGACUACAUAUACAUUUACAUUUCAGAACUCUUUACAUUCUUCUGUUUCUAAGUCUCAGCCUUCAGUCUCGUGCUUGCUUACGUGAGAGUAAGCUCCAUUGAACUCAGUGGGAUUCAUUUCUGAAUAGACAUAUGUAGGGUUGCCCUAUUAGUGUGGUGCAGGAAAAAGCAAAGCACUUCUAUAAUCAAUGGAAAUAAAUAACCAAGCACAGCUCACCAGCUUUUCUCUUCACCAUAUGCAAAUAAAGCAGAGUUUGAAUGUUUUUGUGAAGUUGGGUUAUUAGACUAAUAACAUAUGUCCCAAUAAACACUCUGUUGAGCUGAGCUUAUAAUGGUAUUGUUUACCUCAUUCCAUGCUCAGAUUGGGUGCUUCAAAUAAUUGCAUGCGAAUGCUUAAUAGUCACUUAGUAUUGACUGAGCUUCACUGGCUAUAGUGGCUCAAUUGACAGUCCUAUUUAUGAGUUAACAGCUCAGCUGCCUGUUUGAUCCUUAGAUGAAAUUGCUCCCACAAGACACCGACUAAGCAAAGCAUUUAAUCGUAUGCUAAUGCUCAGCACCUAGGUUGCCUUAUGGAGAUCAAUACACUAAGAAUUAGGCUUGUGCCUGAGUACCUUGGUAGCUUGCUGUAAUAAAUCUCUUCCAAGGUAAUAGGAUGAUAAUCCAUAUUUCUGCUUUAAAAUAAAGGGUUGGGGGCAUAUGCCCCUUUCUGUAACACUUACA